AUGUCGAAAAGUUCAGCAUUAGUUUCAUUGCAAACCCUAAUAAGCAAAAUUUUGAAGAAUGAAACGAAAUCAAGAACACACAUUUUAUCAUUAAAAAUUUCAUUAAACGCCUUUAAUUUCAUUAAACCUCCAUUGAGUUUAAUCAUUAAACCUCAAUUUUUUCAACCAUUACUUGAUACACCAACUUCAUUAAAACUUAAAUCUUUAAAAUUGCAUGGUCCGCCAACAGACUUUGAAUUAUUGAUUAAAAAGGUUGGUUCUUACCUGGAGCAUUUAGAAUUAUUUAUUAUAGGCGCUUCUGGUGGAGUUUAUGAAAGUGUUAUAAUUAAUUGCGAUCAAAUUAAAUUCCUUUGCUUGGCUAAUCUAUAUCAUGAUGACAAUUCUCAAUUAUACGGAAUGAUUACUCGUUCAGUAUUGAAGAGCUUGAGCUCUUUUCUGGUCGAUUAUAAACAUGACGGUUUGAACAAAUUUUUAUUUAGGAAUAGAAAGAAUGAAGGCAUUGAUAUUACCUUUAACAUUUUAAAAAAUUUUUUUGUUAAAGAAAUGCCGUCUUUUGUAAAAAUGCAAAGAUAUCAUGAUUUGGUUGUAAGAAUUUCUGAUAUUAAUUAUGACUAG